AUGGCCAUGGACACCAUCGCGGGCGUGAAGAAUUACCUGGAGAAGAUCAUCUCGGACCCGCAGCUGGAGGGGAUGAAGGCGCUGCUGCUAGACGCCGACACCAAGAGCGUGAUCAGCAUGGUCAUGUCCCAGUCGCAUAUCCUGCAGCGCGAGGUGUUCCUCGUGGAGCAGCUGGACGCCGUGCACGAGCCCAUGCUGCACCUCAAGGCCGCCGUGUUCGUGCGCCCCACGGCUCGCAACGUGGAGCUGCUGCGUCGAGAGCUCAAGGCGCCCAAGUACGGCCGCUACCACCUCUUCUUCUCCAAUAUCUUGCCGGUGGAGGCCCUCGAGAAGCUCGCGGAGGCCGACGAGAAGGAGGUCGUGGUGCAGAUCCAGGAGUACUACGCCGACUACCUGGCGGUCAACGAUUCGCUCUUCGACUUCGGUCUGCACAACUCCGUCCAGCUCAGCGUCAAGAUGCCCACAGCUCUGCCCGGAGGAGCACUGCUAUCUACUGCGACGGCGGGCGUACUGACGACGGACCCGGUGGACAAGACCAAGAUGACGUCCCCUCAGCUGUUCCAGAGAAGCGUGGAGGGACUGCUGUCUGUAUUGCUGUCCAUGAAGAAGCGACCUGCGAUUCGGUACGCCAAAGGAUCGGAGGUGGCGGAGAAACUGGCACGCGAGGUGUCGGCGAGGAUGCAGCUGGAACAGGACGGACUGUUUGACUUCCGACGACCGGAGGUGACUCCGUUGGUGUACGUGCUGGACCGCAAGGACGACCCUGUGACGCCGCUGCUGACGCAGUGGUGCUACCAAGCGAUGGUCCACGAGCUGUUGGGACUGCAUGAGAACCGCGUGGACCUCCGUGACGCACCCAACGUACGCAAGGACAUGACGGAGCUGGUGCUGUCGACGACCUCGGACGAUUUCUUCGCGCAACAUGUGCACGCCAACUUCGGCGACCUCGGUAUGGCGGUCAAGCAGCUCGUGGACAAGUAUCAAGCUCAGACGCAGACGCACGAGAACAUCCAGUCCAUUGAUGACAUGCAGCGGUUUUUGGAGAACUACCCGGCUUUCAGAUCUCAGUCUGUGACUGUGUCCAAGCACGUGACGCUCAUGGGCGAGCUGGCUCGGCGUGUGGAAGUGGAUGGGCUCAUGGAUGUGAGUCAACUGGAACAGGAACUUGCGUGCGGUGACGACCACAACGCGCACUUCCGUGACGUGGUGGCAAAGUUGAAGGAGGCCCAAGUGAAGCCGAUGAACAAGCUGCGACUGGCGAUUUUGUAUGCUUUGCGAUACGAAACACACAGCUCGGUGCAGCUGAAGACAGUCAAGGAGUUGCUGGCUGCUCCCCACGGAGGAGGACUGCCCUCUGAUCGUGUGGCACUGAUUGACGCGUUCCUGAAGUUUGGCGGACAAAGGGCUCGCCAGGGCGACUUGUACGGCGAUCGCGCCGGUCUCAAAAAGUUCAUGGGGGCCGUCACGAAGGGCGUACAAGGUGUUCCGAACGUGUAUGCACAGCACGUACCGCCGUUAGCGAAGAAGCUUGAGCUAAUUCUUAAGGGUCAAUUGCUGGACCAAGAGUUCGGAGUUGUGAACGGAGGCGCAGCUGCAUCGUCGUCCUCAGACCUCAGCGGAAGCAACGGGGUGAAGCGCGUGCGCGAUGUGAUUGUCUACGUAUGUGGCGGCGUGACCUUCGAAGAGGCCAUGAAGGUAGCCGAGCUCAAUCAAAAGGCGGCUGCGUCGAACUCAGGUCAGCGCAUCCUGCUCGGUGGAUCGUGCAUUCACAACUCCACCAGCUUCCUCGAGGAGGUAGCAGCGGCGUACAAUUUAUCUCCUCUGCACGGACACGGUGGCGCGAAUGGCAACUGGAACUACGAUGGAAAGAAACUCUAG